UCUGGCUCUCUAUAUAUAUAUAUAUAUCAUACAAACGGAUUAAGCUAUACAGAUCAAAAGAGAAGAGAGAGACUUUACUCUGAAGAUCAUAUAUAAACAUAUAUACUAUAUAUCAAGAAUGAAGGCUUCUUCUUCUUCUCCAAAGAUAAUGGUAGUAGCUUUGCUGCUAAUUGCCAUGGCUAGCCAUGGAGUUUUUCAAGUCUCAAAUGCCCAAACCAUUUGCAAAGUGUCAGUUUCAGGUUUGAUGACCUGCAAACCUGCAGUGACAGCACCAAACCCUAGCCCACCAUCUGCCAACUGCUGCUCUGCACUUUCCCAUGCAGAUUUCCAGUGCCUCUGUUCUUACAGGAAUUCCAACCUUCUUCCUUCCCUUGGGAUUGACCCUAAUUUGGCAAUGCAGCUUCCUCGAAAGUGCAAGCUUCCUCAUCCUGCUAGUUGUUAGACUAAUAAUAUAUACACAGUGAUUCUCUUAUUCAGAAUCUUGGAAGUUAAUAACUUCUGGG